CAGAUCAGCCGCGCAUACAUUCAAGAGCUGCAGCCAACUCACGUAGGGUUUCGUGCCCAGUGAUCUUGCAGCACAGCUUUCUGGUCUGUGACGGAAAGUAUCUCGACGCCGACGCUGAAAAUUUUGAGACCUUUCCCCGGUGGACGGUGCACCAUCUUUCGAUACGGAGGAUGGCCUCGUAUCUUUACCUGGCCUCAUCGGCAAGUAUUGCCGUGAUCGUGUAUGCCGCCUUUAAACUUGUCCAGCAUCGGAGAUCCUAUGCACAUUUGCCAAAGCCACCGGGACACUCUAUUCUAUUCGGUCAUCUAAAGCUUUUUGGGGACAUCGUCAAAUUAUUUCCGCCCGGGACACAUCCUCAAUACUACUAUACCUACCUCGCUCGCAAGUACUCGCUUCCCGAGGUCUAUUAUGUCGACUUGUGGCCCCUCGGGCCAGCGCAGGUCGUGGUCACCGGACCCGAUGCCGCCGCACAGGUUACUGCUAUCCGAACGUAUCCGAUGCACCCGGAAGUCAACCGAUACUUGGCCCCAAUGGUGGGAGACAACGUCAUCGCAGCGACCAACGGACCCUUGUGGAAGAAGUUGCACCACAUGAUGGCGCCUGCAUUCACUUCCAGAUACGUCAAGACACUUCUUGGUACCAUCGCCGACGAAGUCAUGCUGUUUCACGAAAGACUGCGACAGCUUUCGGAUGCAGGGCAUGUCUUUUCCAUGGAGGAAGAGCUGUCGAAGCUUAGUUUUGAUGUCAUCGGCGGCAUUGUCUUCGGCGUCUCCUUCAACGCACAACAGUCGGGAUCACUUAUUCUCGAUGAUCUCAGAGCGGUCUUGGGUCUGUCGCAAGUUGUCCGCGAGACCUGGAACCCAGCAACAAAGCUUCAGGCGUGGUGGGCACGGCGGCAAGCGAUCAGGCGCUCCGAUGACUUUCUACAGAAUAGGCUCGUGGAGAGGUAUCGGGUCAUGCUGGAAGAAAAGGACUUGCCUACUCGACAAAAUGCUCGGAGUAUUCUUGACCGUGUGUUACUCGAGCGAAUUGAGAACAGUAACGGUACUGCUGAAGAGACCCUCGAUGGUACCUUCCUGACAUUAGCCAUCAAUAAUUUGAAGGCUCUGCUCAUUGGGGGUCAUGGGACCACAACGGAUACGCUAUCUUUUGUUUACAUGAUGCUUGGUCUUCACCCAGACGUGUUGCAGCGAAUGCGCGAAGAGCAUGAUAGGGUGUUUGCUCCCAGCCUAGCUGCAACGCGUAAAGUGUUGGAUGAGAGCCCCGCCAAGACGAACGAGCUCGAGUACACGUCCGCUGUGAUCAUGGAGACCUUGCGUAUCUUCCCAGUAGGAUUCUCGAUUCGAGAAUCACCACCGAACGAGCCGAACCUGCGUGUCGGAUCGCGUUCAUACCCAAUGGCGGGGCGGAUGAUCGUUCUCUGUCAACACGCCACUCAUUUCGACCCUAACAAUUAUCAAGACCCUUCAUCGUUUUUACCGGACCGCUUCUUGAGUUCAUAUGACGGACCCAAGGCCCAUCGAUUCGCAUGGCGCCCCUUUGAGCGGGGUCCACGAGCUUGUAUGGGUCAAGAAUUGGCAAUGGACGAGAUGCGAAUCAUACUGUUGAUGACUGCUAGGUGGUUUGAUCUCGAAGCAGCAGUGAGAUCUGAAACCAUAAGCAAGGAACCAAGAGUGUUCUACACAGACUGGGAUACCAAGAUUGGAGAUCUUGCGUUUCAAGAGCUCAAGAUGGGAGCCUCCCCGAGACAUGGCAUGGCAAUGAGAGCGCAGCUGUCGGACAGAGCUCGAGUGUGAUGAUCAUUGUUGAUCAUCGGCAUAGAGAAAGGUUGGAGACACUCUACUCGGUAGACGUAUACGAGUACGACCGGUCAGAGUCGGAGCACGACAGGCC